GAAGCGAUCACAUCACAGCUGAAUUAUUAUGACUUCUUUGCUGGACGAACAUUCUACAAUAACGCUGCCCGAAUAUUUGACCUGAAGAAAAAUCUGCCGGGCGUCGUCUCGUAACUCCAUCCAUCAAGAAUGUAUAUCAUCGUCACAAUCGCGGACUUGAUCCAGAUUUCACCACAAGACUUUGAGAAGCGCAGUGCGCAAGCAAUUGAAGAUAACAUCAACGCAAAGUACGCCGACAAAGUCAUCCACAAAGUCGGACUUUGCGUAGCUCUCUACGACAUCCUUCAAACUAGCGAAGGACUCAUCGGCCAUGGCACGGGAAUCGUCAACGUCAAUGUCGACUUCCGCAUGAUUGUUUUCCGACCGUUUAAGGGUGAGAUCUUGACGGGUAAAAUCAUAAGUUCUUCCGAUAUGGGCAUUCGAAUCUCCAUGGGCUUCUUCGACGAUAUCUAUGUGCCUACGCCUGGAAUGAUCUUUGAUCCGGCAAAGUACAUCGUCACUGAGGAAGGUGAUAAAGUCUGGGUUUGGGAAACUGCGCCGGAUAACUUGUUGUACUUUGAUCACAACGAGAUGGUGCGCUUCCGUGUCGAGGCCGAAACGUGGACGGAUUUGUCGCCAGAGAAGCAGCCUGCGCCUGGCGAGGAGGUCGAGGUUUACAGACGCUCACCCUACGAGCUCACGGCAUCCAUGCAACUGAGUGGUCUCGGACCAGCUCUCUGGUGGAGAGAGCCAGAUGAGGAAGAAGUUGCAGAAGAGGGCGAGGAGGAGGUUGAUGGCGGAGCAGAAGAUAUCAAUGGCGAUGCUGUUGACGAGAUGGAUGAGGGUGUUUAGUAUAAUCCCUCCAUGCCGACUCGUCCGCUCGCCGACAAGACGAAAGAGCCAGAGUUUGAGGCGGCUCCGGUUGAUGACAGCCCGAGUGAGCUGCCACGUAGGAGCAGAAGGCUAGAAGCAAAAGGCUGAAUGACCUUUCCGCUGAGAAGACCGCUGGAGUAUGAGAAUCGAAAGCUACAGGAAAGCAAAGUGCAAAGGCCGGCCACGAUAAGUAGUGCGCGCGCGGGAAGAACAUCACAAGCGACCAUCGCACCCACAUAGAUACCACACCAACACCAAACCAAUAACAUCAAAAAGUCAGAAAACAGACAUCACAACAAAGCAGCCCUUCACUCACGACAACCUUCAUAUACAAAGAAAAAUCAGUCCCUUUACAUCCCAGCUUGAUAAGACCAAUGG